CCCAUCAACUUCAUCUUCCAUCCCCCGUAUCUCUUCCCCAGAUCUUGCCCCCGUGGUGCUUGCUGGUGGAGCGGACCCUCCAUCAGCGUAUCGUAUGGUGAUAUGGAAAGCUCGCUUCGAAAUAUUCUGCAUGCCAACGAGCCGACUUAUGACUCAACUGUCCUUCCUUCCGGACAUCUACCGGAGUCGAGCAACAGUGUUCUCGAAGCGCAGCAUGGAGGGAAUGAGACUCGAAAGCGCCCUGCUACGCGGAUCAAGUCGACUUAUCCGCGGAAAAGAGCCAUUCAAGCAUGUCAAAAGUGCCGGAUAAGGCGAACAAAGUGCAACAAUGCCCGACCUACUUGCUCUUCAUGCUCGUCGAUUGGUACCGAGUGUACAUAUGCCGAGGGGGACAAUUCCACUUUCGAUUCGGCGAGUUUAGCAAUACUUGACAAGCUCAACACCAUCGAAGAACUCCUGAGAGGAGGCACCAAUGAUCGAGCCCAGGUUCACCAGGCUGCAGUAGCCGCUGCGACAAGCAUCGCCGAGACAGACGCUCGAGGCACCUUAUCACGGCUAAAGUCCCUGAAUUCCCCGAGCCUCGAGCGGGCCAAAGAUUCGGCUCCUUUCCACAUGAACAUCGAGGGUGUGCUCUCGUGGUCUGUAUUUGAUGACCUCAGCCCGAAUCUCGAUUUGAAAGGCCUUUUGAAUUCCAGUAACCAACCCGUACCUCUAAUUCCGUCCGUGGAUACAGAAUUUGAUGAACAUGUCGCGGAGGAGACGCUUGUGGCACGCUUCAUGAGCAAUGUCUUCAUAUAUAAUCCUGUUCUCGAGGAAGCCAAGGUCCAUCGGUACAUGCGUGAUGCCAGAUAUAUUGGAAUUGGCUGGGAUGCUCAGUCAUGCUUGUUGCUCUUGAUCUAUGCUCACGGCUCCAUCGCGGGACCAUUCGAUGGAGGCCAUCAACAAGAAGCUUCGGCGUUCCGCACUACGCCUCAGUUCAAGCAGGCUGAAUCAUUCUUCUCUGCGGCCCAAAAGCGUAUGGGGUUGUUAUUGUGCAAGACUGGCGUUCUGGAAGCGCAAUGCUUCUUUCUUGCUGGGGUAUACUUGAUGGCGACAUUACGUCCCAUGGAAGCCUGGAAGAUGUUCGUGCAGGCCCUUGCGUGCUGUCAGGCAUUCUACACCGAAAAGGAGUCUCCUGAGGCCGACAGGGAGGGCGAACAGAGACUGCGUGAAAGUAUAUACUGGACGUGCUUCAAGUCUGAGCUCGAGCUUCGACUCGAGCUCAAUGUGUCCGAGACUUCCAUAUGGGAUCUGACGUACCCGGCAUUCUUCCCUUCGCCACCAGACGGCCUCCGGUCUCAGAGGGAGAUUGUCUGGUACUUUUACCUAGCCGAAAUCGCACUGAGGCGACUGGGCAAUAGGAUAUUGAACUAUGUGUAUGACACGAAAGCCGCCAGCUCAUUAGCGGCCAUUGCCGAGUCGACUGUCGGCUUCGAACAGCAGGCCGCAGACUGGCUUCGGUCGCUGCCACAAGCACUCGAUUUAGACUCAACAGUCGACGGUGAAGAUGGUAGGUUGCACAACUCGCUCAAAUUUAUCCUCAAGGGUCAUUUGCUGGAUUGUUAUGAGAUGAUGUAUUGGCCUUUCAUCGUGUAUGCGGUCAAUUACGAUGCAGUGGAAAGAAACGAUGCAACAAUCCCCAAACCGAUGAUGGACUCGUUCGUGCAAAAAGCCCUGACGAUCUGCGUUGAGAGAAUCGAGAAAAAUGAAGAAGGCUUCCGAUAUCGUCACCAUGGGACGUGGUUGAUGUUGAGGUCUUGUACGAGAAGUGCUUUUGUUCUUCUCGCUGCCGCACGGAUCGAAAAACUUACAUUGUUGCUGCCGGAGAGGUGGCGAUAUGCCAUUGAAAAGGUGAUUGAGAUGUUGAGAUACUGGAGGCGAGAAAGUAGGGAUGUAGAGGAUAGGCUGAGGUUGGUCGAGUUGCUUCUCGAUGGCCUGAUGAAUGGUCAUCAGGGAGAGUGACGACGCCGGGGUGGAUGGGGACAUGAGGUGCACAUGUAAUGAAGUGAUGAAUGGGAAUUCAUGCAAAGCGAAGCUGGAAAUGGGACGUAUAAAAAGUAUAUAUAUUGAUUGAGCUUGGGAGGAUCACGCAUCUACUUCGCGGAUCUUAUAUUCAAACAUUUCAUUCGAC